GAGCCCCGCGUCAGUCGCGCGCCCACCCUGCCGCGCGCAACACGCGCCCGAUCACUACACCAUCUGGCACGUUCCAAUUUCAAAACGAAAUCGAAAACUAGCGGCGCUGACAGCAUUCUAAAUUUGAAUUUAAAAAUUCCAUAGACUGUUUUCUUUUUUUUUUUUAAUCUCUGGUGUGGAUAAUGCAGUGUUAGUUCCUGGACUUUGCCGGUGUUUGGUCCUGAAUCCUGAAGAUGGUGACGGGGAGCAGUCCGCAGAGCGCCAGCCCCGCGGGCACCAUGCAGCAGGAACAGAAGAAGUCCACUGGAGACAAUAGAAGGAGCAACAAGCCGAUCAUGGAGAAGCGGCGGCGCGCGCGCAUCAACAACUGCCUCAACGAGCUCAAGGCGCUCAUCCUGGACGCCAUGAAGAAAGACCCAGCGCGCCAUUCGAAGCUCGAAAAGGCGGACAUCCUCGAGAUGACAGUGAAGCAUCUAGAAGGGCUCCGCUCAGAGGGUUCGCCCGAUCGCUUCCGCGCCGGCUACCGGCACUGCAUGGGCGAGGUGGCCAGGUUCCAGGGCCUCGACGCGGGGCUCCGGCGGCGGCUGGUGAAGCAUCUCGAGCUGUCGGCCGCGCCGGGCGUGAGGCCCGCCGCCGCGCCCACGCCGCCCUCUGAUACUGAUGAUGUGGGGCAGGCGCCGCCGUCUACUAUUUUUAUUUCUGCUGGCCCUGGUGCGGGCGUCCGUCUGGUACCCACUCGGCUCGCCAACGGAGACAUCGCGCUGGUGCUGCCGGCGGGCGCGGCGGGCGGGCUGGGCGCGCCCCCCACCCUCGUGCCGCUCUCCCCGCGCGCCGCACCCUCCCCCGCGACCUCCUCCGAGCCGCGCUGCUUCUCCCCCGCCAGCUCCGGCUGGGGCUCCCCCCCGCCCCCCGCCGACGAACCCUUGCCCCUCGCCCUCGUCAAGCGAAGAGAGACGUUGGAAGAGAAGCCGUGGCGGCCCUGGUGACGUCAGCCCCAUUCCACUGAGACUCUGUGAUAUUAGUGUACGCGUGUGAGUGCAACAGUUCCUAGUGUGUGUAGGUUAGGACUGAAUCAGCUUCUUGGUUUUGAGAGGUGAUUUGAAUUGAUUCGGUAAUAUUAUUAUUAGGUAUGUAUAAAUGCAAUGUCGGCCAGUAUUGAUAGUGAUAACCUGUGAGCUGAAGCUCUGCCAGUUGAUUUUUUGGCCAUUAUAUUUAGUUCAUAAGAUCGUAAGUUCUUCCUUAGUUGAUAUAACUUGAAAAAGCUUAAAAACUUAUGCUUUGCGACUUGUCUUCUUUUAGCAUUAAAAUGUAUAUUUAGGUAUCUAUAUUAUAAUUAUUUACCUAAAUAGGGGCGGACAAACUUUUUUUUUAUUUGUAUAAUCGCACUUUUUUAUUAACAAUGGAAAGACACCUGACUUAGAACCAUGUUAUUAUAUCGAAUAGAUAUCAGAAUGUACAUUUUCUUAAGUUUUAUCAAGUUUGAUCCUAAUACUAUAGGUAUACAUAGUAUAGGUAUUGUAAAUAUAUUAUGUUUGGAUGACAUCUGAGGCAGUAUUUCACGUAUAGAAAGGACAUAAUAAUAUUAUAAUAUUGGUCCUAUAAUAUAAUUUAAAUAAGUUUAUCAAGUUUAUGUACUAUAGUAUAUUUAGUUUAGUUUUACGUAGGUGCCAUUUCAUACAUGUUUAUGUAAAGAUAGAUUACGUUUUAUAUCAUCAUAAAGAAUUACUCUUAUAUGGGCAAAUUAGUUCAAGGAAUUUAGAAUUAUGUAUCUGUUUUAUAGCUUAGUAAUUUCUAUUUGAUUUUAUAAGUAAAUUACAUUUACAAAAACAUGAAUUCCUGGUGCCUUAUAGACUUACAGCAAAAUCGUAAUGUCUUCCAUUUAGUAUUUUGUAAAGUUUUUAAUUUAAAUAAACUUAACUCUAAUGUGAGUAUUUAUUAUUCAAAUAUAUUACAGAUUAGUUUGUUACCGGAAUACAAAUACCUAAUGUAAUAAGUUACAAUAUUUGUAUCUUUUUCAGUUACCAUGUCAUUUUGAUUCUUAAAAUUUUCUCAACAUACAUUUUCCAAUUCAUAUUUUUCCAUACAAGUAGUACUUAUCGAACUAUUUUGGGAAUGUAUAACGAACAAAUAACGAUAAUAUCCUUAAAAAUUAGUAUAUAAUAAUAAAAAAAAAACAUUUAAUAGUAAACUCUGCUGACAUUUUGAAUAGCGCCUGGCUCUACUAUAUUAUUUCAGUUCAUUUACGUCAUAUUCUUGGUAGAUAUUUAAGAACUAUCGUGAUACUAAUUUAAGAAUAGUAUAGAUAAUAUUUUUGAAUGAAAUAAAGACUAAACUAAUUGUAUAUAUGAGAUUAUGUCGAUGUAAGAAUGCGAAUAUUAUUAAAUUCUAAAAUAUAUGUACUAUAAACAAAGAUA